AUGCCGCAAAGCCACCUCCAACCCACCCCUCGACCCCUCAUCAACCACCUGCCAGCCGUCAAAACAAGCAUGGACAAGGACAAGCUCGCCAAGCUCCAGGCUCAGGUCCGCAUUGGCGGCAAGGGCACUCCCCGUCGCAAGCAGGUCAAGAAGUCGGUGACUUCGGCGCAGGGCGACGACCGCAAGCUCCAGGCCGCGCUCAAGAAGCUCGGCGUCUCGCCCAUCCAGGGCGUUGAGGAGGUCAACAUGUUCAAGGAGGACGGCAACGUGCUUCACUUUGGCGCGCCGAAGGUCGCCGUCCACGCCGCGCUCCCCUCGAACACACUCGCAGUCUACGGCCCCGGCCAGACUAAGGAGCUCACCGAGCUCGUUCCCGGCAUCCUUAACCAGCUCGGCCCCGACUCGCUCGCCAACCUCCGCCGCCUCGCCGAGUCGUACCAGACGCUCACGCAGCGCCAGGCCGACGCCGCCAAGGGGAAGGACGGUGAGGUCGGUGACGAGGACGACAUCCCCGACCUGGUGGAGAACUUUGACGAGGCGGAGAAGAAGGUGGCCGACCUCGAGGAGCUCGAGUAG